AUGGAUCGUGGUCAGUUCGUCGAUAUAGGAGAGUUUGAUAUAAACGCUGUGGAUAUGGAUUGUGCACCACAGUCGGCCGAACAUUAUUUACAGCAGGUCAUAGCUGAUCGUGUCAGAGGUCCAUCAUGUGUUUCCAUGGUUCAGCCUUCCGUCUCAGAAUUAGUGUCAGAGAAGGAAGCCCCUCCUUCGGUUCAAGAAAGGGAUCCUCGUGCUCCUCCUAGGGAGUGGUGCAAAGCCAAGGUGGCUGAAUUCUCUGCAUUUCGAUCGCGGGUAGAGAAAGCACCAAGAAAAAGAGUAAUGAAGUUGAAAUGGCCUAAUAUGUCUGAUGCAGAGCAAUGGGAGGAUGUGCUACUACGGCGUUGUCAUCCGAAGUGUACACAAUUCUUAUCGUCUUUUCCGAAUCAUCAAGGAACUCCACCUGCUGUACCAAUUGUGCUGAGCAUGUCGUCGGCUCUGGUUGAAACGUUGAUACAGUACGCUGUCGAAUGGGCGGAAUGUGAUGGAUUCUCCAGAGCUUUACGUGAAUGGUUGUUCGUUCUACUCCUGUUGGUUCAUAAGCCAUUAAUGCCAGAUGUAUGCGCUGCAAUGCGUGCAUUAGCAAAUCUAUGCAGGAAUUUGAGAAGUUCCAUGGAUGUUGAAAGGAAGGACGAAAUUCGUGAGCUAUCGUGGUUCAUCUCUGUAGUCGGUGAAUAUUUUGGUCAAACCGAUUUGGCUGAUCUAUGA